CUCUGACCCAAUGUCAUCUUGCUGUAAUGACUGUUUUGCAAAUCACAUGUGCCCUUAUCUCUAUGGGGGCUGGGGGCUGGAAGGGCUCCUGCUCCUGGUUGUGGUCAUUCUGUCCACCUGUCUGUAUCGGCUCCAUCACAGAGUAAAGAGGCUGGAGAGGAGCUGGGCCCAGCUCUCUGACAAGGAGCUCCACCAUGCACCUCUGGAGCUCCACUAUGCAUCUCUUCGAAGGCUGCCGGUGCCCAGCACUGAGGAGCCUGACCUUGGGGACGGAGAAGGGGAAGGCAAAAAGGAAGACCCCAGUGCCAACUACGCCUGCAUUGCCAAGAACAAACCCACAUGA